UCUAGUCUCUUUCCAAACUCUUGGUCUGAAGACGGGACUGGACCCGAAAUGUCACCCAUUCCUUCUCCCAUGAGAUGCUGCGUUGACCCGCUGAGCUUCUCCAGCAUUGCUGUGCCUACCUUCCGCAUAUAAUUGAGCACUGGGUUGGCUGUGUUAAUGGAUGCCAGUUAUUGUGCGUGGCGUCUGUCCACAACGUGCUGGAUGGCGCAUCUUCGGCUGCAAGGGGGGAGUUCCCGCGAGACCGGCUCCUUGGAGAUGAGAGUUUGUGAUGGCGACGGCGACAUUAGUGAACGGCGGCGGCGACAACAACAACAACGGUGGUGGCGGCCGCAGAGGUGAAGCUCAGCACCGGGUUAGCCCGAUGUCCCGUUCACGGGGCGGCCGAGGAAGCAUCACUUGUCAGGGAACCUUUGGGUUCUCCCUGGGUACUAAUUGACCAGCAUUUAUUCAAUCAUCAACGGGCCAGUCUCCUCGAUCUAAUGCCUCUGGAUUUGGCACACAACUAUGAGUCUGAAGUGUGAGGAUGAAGACAGAAUAUUUACUGAUAACUACGAACAACCUUUAUCACUGUGGAAACUAAUCGAGGAAUGUGUUCCUCCAUGUGAGAGAGAUGAAAUCAGGGUAAUUCUGGGAGAAUCGGCAGUGGACCUCACCCUGGAUUUACAUGGAGAGGUUGCUAUGCUGUUGGAAAUCUGGCGAUCGAUGAGAACAAGCAGAUUGACUCCUACUCAUCCACAAGCCUCGCAUGCAAUGCUACCAGAAUCUCCUGCUAUCAAAGACCUGCUUCGUCAUGAAGUUCAGCUUCUGCUUUUAAACAUUCAAAACAAAGCGCAUAAAGAGGGCAGAAAUGAGAGUGAUGCUCUUUCAUCAUACAAUCCUGACAUUGUCAGUUUUGCACUUGGACAUAAUAAAGUAAAUGCAGAGAGUAUGAAAGACAAAUGGAUUGUACUGAAAAGCUCUCAAACAAACAGCAACUGUGAAAUUGAAAGUUUUUCAUGUCUUUCCCACUUAAAGGAUAAUGUGGAAGCCAUAAAGGACAAGUUUAAUGUUACAAAUAUUGAUGAAAUUGUUGCACAUUUACAAUCUAUUUUACAAGAAGAAUCUAAAAUGUUAGACAGAUAUAUUCAAUUCUUGCAGGAGAGUUUAGAAGAAGAACAUAAUUGCAGCUUCAACCCUCCGGUGCAUAAUCCAGUGCCAUCAAUUGCAGAACUGCGAAAGGAACGGAAAAUACUCGAACGGGAUCUCCAGCUGGCACCAGUAUCAAUACAAAUACAGGUUCACAAACCACCGGGGUGCAGACCCACCCAUAGAUCCAGCAGGUAAGAUAUGUUCAGAUAUGUUUAGAGUCGGCAUGGUGGCGCAGUGGUAGAGUUGCUGCCUUACAGUGCCAGGG